UCAAUCACACCACAAUCCUAAAUCCCAAUAAUAAUAAUAAAUCUAACAUCGGGUAUGGACUUCAGCACUGAUCAACAGACUCAGUACUACUCCGAGUCAUCCUCGUCAGCUGCAUCCCCAGUGUCCAACGCCGCGACAUCGUCGGAGAACCACGGCCACCAGCUGGCGGCGGAGGUGCCCAAGAAAAGAACCGGAAGGAGGGUUUUCAAGGAGACGCGCCACCCGGUCUACCGGGGCGUGAGGAGCCGGAAAGGCGACAAGUGGGUCUGCGAGGUCCGUGAGCCCGUCACCGGGACACGUGUCUGGCUAGGAACCUACACCAACCCGGAAAUGGCGGCCCGGGCUCAUGACGUGGCAGCGCUGGCAUUCCGCGGGAAGUCGGCCUGUCUCAACUUCGCCGACUCCGCCUGGCGCCUCCCGGUUCCGGCUUCCACCGACCAGAUUGACAUCCGGCGGGCGGCGGCCGAGGCAGCCGAGAUGUUUCGCCCCGGCGCCGAGGCGGCGGCGGUGGAUGAGCCGGAGUCUAGUGCAGCAGCUAGUGGUGGGGCUGAUCAGAGUGAUGGUGACGUGUUCAGUUACGUGGAGGAUCUGGAGCCGGUGGAGGAGCUGCCGGAGUUGCUGGCGGAGAUGGCGGAAGGGCUGAUCCUGUCGCCGCCGCCACCGAGCUACGGAGCCGAAAGCGACGGGUGGAACUACGUGGAGAGGCGCGGUAAUGAUAAUGAUGAUGGUGCUGAUUAUGAUUGGUCGUUGUGGAAUUAGUAGUUGGUUACUGUUGUUGGUUUUCGGUAUAGGAUAUUUUGUGGGAUUGCUCUCAAGUGUUAAGCAAGCUGUUUGUGGCCUUAUCUGUUCAAGAAAAAAAGUAUGUGGCC